AUGUCGAAUGUGCUGGACGAGCGGGAUGGGAGCGCGGUGAGUGGCAUGAACGGCGUAACCAACCGUGGGGGCAGCACACCCAAUAGCCACAACGACACAGCGUUCAGGACAAACCUAGAGGACGGGAAAAUAAUUCAGGAAUGCACCCAUCAGGUGCUCAUGAACGAAAAGGCAAGAGUAAAAAACGGGGAAAGCGAAGAAGAGGACAUUAUACGAAUAAGAGAAAUUGGGCUAAACAACAAAGUGGUGUUAGAACUCGGUGCAGGGAUUGGACUAGCCAGCAUUUUGCUUUUCACACAUGUGAACAUUGUUCACAACGGAACUAAUCAAGGAGCGAACCAAGUAGUCAUUACCGAUGUCAACCUAUACACUCUAAGUAACAUUUCGCAUAAUGUCCUAUUAAACGAAGAACUCUUUGGACACCUAGAUUCAGCAUGGAGUAAAGUAAAAAUAUGA